CGGAUCUAAACUUAUUUUUAUCGUCAACCCCCGCCCUCUCCUUUCCCUCCACAGAGAGAGAGAGAGAGUGAUCGGACCGAAGCCGAACAGACGAGCAGUUCAGAGAAUUAAGUAAGAGAGAGAAAAAAGAGAGAGCAUAAAGGAGAGGAGGAGAGAGCAGCCUCUGUCGUGGCCUGCGAAUCCCCCGGCCAUGGAUCUCAAGAUCUGCGGCUGCAAGGCCUUGUUGUUGUCUGUCCUCAUUGUCCUUCUCCUCGGCAAUGCCGUCGCCGGCGCGCCGGACGCGUCGAGCAUCAACUCCAACUCCGUGCUGGUGGCGCUGCUCGACUCCCACUACACCGAGCUGGCGGAGCUGGUGGAGAAGGCGCUGCUCCUGCAGACCCUCGAGGAGGCCGUCGGCAGGGGCAACCUGACCAUCUUCGCCCCCCGGAAUGAGGCCCUCGAGCGCGACCUCGACCCCGAGUUCAGGCGCUUCCUGCUCGAACCCGGCAACCUGCCUUCGCUUCAGGCGCUCCUCUUGUCCCAUGUCAUUCCCUCCCGGAUUCUGUCGGGCGACUGGCCGCGCAAUGACCUCUCCCCUCGCCGGACGCUCUCCAAGGGAGACGUUCUUCGACUGUCCAGUAGGGACGGAGUGAGGAUGGUGGACGUUGCGGCGGUCGUCCAGCCCGACGCCGUCGUCAGGCCCGACGGUGUGAUCCACGGGAUCGAGCGCCUCCUCGUGCCCCGCUCCGUUCAGGACGCCUUCAAUGGACGCCGAAGCCUCGCCGCCAUCUCGGCGGUGCUGCCCGAGGGCGCGCCGGAGGUGGACACGACCACCAUGAAGCUGAAGGUGAAGAAGGCGAGGCCGGACGCCUACGGGUAUUCUGCUCCUCCCUACACGCCGUCGAUGCCGAUCUACGAUGCGAUGGCGUCGGCACCGUCGAUGGCGCCGGCUCCGGCUCCGGGGCCGUCGUCGGGGCACCGGUGGUUCGACGGCGAGGCGCAGGUGAAGGACUUCAUUCAUACGCUGCUGCAUUAUGGGGGUUACAAUGAGCUUGCCGACAUUCUGGUGAACCUGACUUCUCUGGCGACGGAGAUGGGGCGGCUGGUGUCGGAGGGGUACGUGCUGACGGUGCUUGCUCCCAACGACGAGGCUAUGGGGAAGCUGACGACGGACCAGCUGAGCGAGCCCCGAGCGCCCGAGCACAUCGUCUACUAUCACCUCAUCCCGGAGUACCAGACGGAGGAGAGCAUGUAUAACGCCGUCCGGCGGUUCGCGAAGGUCCAGUACGACACGCUCAGGCUGCCCCACAAGAUCACCGCCCAGGAGGCCGACGGUUCCGUCAAGUUCGGCCACGGCACCGACGCCGCUUACCUGGUCGACCCCGACAUCUACGUCGACGGGAGGAUCGCCGUUCAGGGGAUCGACAAGGUGCUCUUCCCCUCCGAGCCUAAGCCCACCGCUCCCUCUCCCCCCACCACCAAGGCCGUCACGCACAAGCCCACCGCACCGACUACCCGAAGAGGGAAAUUGCUUGAGGUAACAUGCAAUAUGCUAGCUAUGUUUGGACAGGAUUCACGUCUCCCCACAUGCCAGCGGACAUGAGAGCCUGAUACAUAUAUAUAUGUCUCCAAAGUAUGUGUAGAUUUCCUGGAGAACAGGAGGUGAAGUGUGAUUGAAGGUGAAGAAGUUGAUCUGUGAAGAUAUUUUUUUGGGGAUGGAGGGAAAGAUGUUAGCCAGAUGGUAUAUUUUAAAGUCAUUCCCCCAGUCUGUCACCAGAAAAAGAUGAAAAAAAAGGAAAGAGCUAGAAUGUAUAAAUAUAAAUUUUUGUUUUUCCUUUUCUCUUUUGUGCUUUCAGUUGUUUAUUUUGAACGAAGUUCUACCCCCGCCUUUUCCCCCACCCCCCGUGAUCCUCCCGGCAAUGGGGAGAUUUGUACAGUGAUGACCAGAGUGCCUUCACGUGGUCUUCGCUGCCACAAUAAAAGGGAAGAGUGAAUAAUAAAUUCUUUUGUGUUUAUAGCAA